AUAAUAACAGACAAGCCUCUUGUUUUUGUGAAAGGAAAAAUGGCAAGUUCAAACAUGGAAUACUAUCUUCCAAUAAUGGUUAUGUUGUUAUUACAGUUUAUAUUUGCAGGUAUGACUCUUGGCACAAGAAUUGCUCUUUUGGAGGGUUUGAGCCCAAGAGUGUUUGUAGUCUACAGAUGUGCUUUUGCAACCAUUGUUCUUGCUCCUCUUGCUUAUUUAUCAUCAAGGAGAAAUUCUGCUUCCUGUUCAUUAAAUUUAAGGAGUUUUUCAUUGAUAUUCAUCACCUCUCUAAUUGGCAUUACAGUGAAUCAAAAUUUGUAUUUAGAGGGUUUAUAUCUUACUUCUUCUUCGGUUGGAAGUGCCAUUUGCAAUCUUCUUCCUGCAAUAACAUUUAUAAUAGCAGCAAUUGUAGGAAUGGAGAAAGUAAAUAUUAGAAGUUUGAGAACUAUAGCCAAAAUAGUUGGGACAAUUAUCUGUGUAGGUGGAGCAGUGGCCAUUGCAUUGUUGAAGGGUCCAAAGCUACUAAAUGCAGAAAAUCUACCUUCAAAAUCAAUCUUAACAUUAGGCUCAUCAGGAAGUGAUGAGAAUUGGUUGCUUGGAUGUAUGUGUCUCCUUGGAUGCAUCAUUGCCUGGUCUGUUUUUAUCAUUUUGCAGGUUCCAACUUAUGCAAGUCAUCCUAAUUACAUAUCACUUUCAGCAUGGAUGUGUUUCAUGGCAACAUUACAAUCAGCAGCAGUGACAUUAUUCAUUGAGCAAGACCUAAAUGCAUGGAAGAUUACUUCUAUACUUGAACUUGGUUGCUGUUUAUAUGCAGGAACUAUGGGAUCUGCAGUAACAUUCAGUCUCCAAUCAUGGUGCAUUUCAAGAAGAGGACCUGUUUUCUUUUCUAUGUUUAAUCCUAUUUUCACAUUAAUUUGCACUGUAUUGGCAGCUUUGUUGCUUCAUGAGGAAAUAUACAUUGGAAGCUUGAUAGGUGCAAUUGGAGUGAUUAUUGGCUUGUUUAUUGUGCUUUGGGGUAAAGCUGAAGAUAUAGUUGAAGUGAGAGAGAAGAUAGACCCAAAAUCUAUGGUUAAUGAGAAAGAGGAAGUGAAGUUAUUGAUAGAUGAAUCCUCUAAAAAGGAAUAUUCUAAAACAGAUUUGAAAGAACCUCUCUUACCAUGUUAGAACAAAUGAAUAUCUCAUCACAAUAGAUUAUUUAUUUUUUCUUUCUUUGAUAUGUUGCAUGUAACUUAAUUAUUUGUCACACUUGAGUUUUCAGAAAACUAUUCAAUGUUUGUAAAAUUCUUUUCAGAAUUGUUUUAGUAGGAGA